AUGGCAGUCAGCCAGUCAGUUGUUGCCCGCGCCAAUGUGGAGAAGCCUCAUGGCUUCAAGGGUUUUGUUUCAAACCCCUAUGUGUUUUUCACUUGUUUGUUCGCCUCGCUGGGCUGUAUCAUGUACGGAUAUGACCAGGGUGUGAUGAGUCCUGUUCUUGUCAUGGAGAACUUCGAGAACCACUUCCCCACAUUCCAGAAUUCCACACUCCAGGGCUGGCUGGUGUCGGCCCUUGAGCUUGGUGCUUGGGCUGGUGCUUUGAUCAACGGUGUUCUGGCAGAUCGCAUCUCGCGUAAGUAUGCCAUGAUGGUUGCUGUCAUCAUCUUCACUCUGGGCACUGGUCUCCAGGCUGGAGCCCAGACCCCUGCAUACUUCUUCGCUGGCCGUAUCAUUGGUGGUGUUGGAAUUGGUAUGUUCAGUAUGGUCAUCCCGCUUUACCAAGCUGAGAUUGCCCCUCCUGAGCUGCGUGGAUCCCUUGUUUCUCUGCAGCAACUUUCGAUUACCGUUGGUACUGCCAUUGCCUUCUGGCUCGACUACGGUAUGCAGUUCAUUGGUGGUGUCAACUGCAACCCCGAAGGUAUUGACAACGCUUACCUGAGCGAUGGAACGUACAACGCCGCUCAAAACCAUGGCCAUACUUGCUUGGGUCAGAAGACUAUCUCAUGGAGACUUCCUCUGGCUUUGCAGAUUAUUCCGGCCUGGAUUUUGUUCUUCGGUCUCUUCUUCUUCCCCUUCUCUCCACGUUGGUUGAUGAUGAAGCACCGUGAUGACGAGGCCAAGGCUGUUAUCUCUAAGCUGCGUCGUCUCCCUGAAAAUGAUCCCUUAGUUCGUGCAGAGUACCUCGAGAUCAAGGCCGCUGUGAUGUUCGAUGAGGAGACCGAGCGCGAAAUUGUUGGUUCCGGUGGUGCUCUUGCUCCCUGGAAAGCCCUUUUCGCCCCCAACAUGUUCAAGCGUCUGGUGCUGGGAUGCGGUAUGAUGAUUUUCCAGCAAUUUACUGGUAUCAACGCUGUGCUUUACUAUGCGCCUCAGAUUUUCUCUUCGUUCGGUUUCUCCUCCACAAAGACAACCCUUCUCGCCACCGGUGUGACUGGUAUUCUGCAAAUCAUCUUCACACUGCCCUCUGUCCUAUACCUCGACAAAUUCGGCCGAAAGACAUUCCUCAUUGUUGGUGCAGCCGGCAUGUUCCUUUGCCAUAUUGUUGUCGCUAUCGUGGAGGGUAUCUACGAGGAUCAGUGGAACCUCAAUGAGGGAUUGGCUAAGCCGCAGGGUUGGGUUGCUAUUGCUUUCAUUUGGCUCUUCGCUGUCAACUUUGCCUACUCUUGGGGUCCCGUCUCUUGGGUAUUGGCCCAGGAAAUUUUCCCCAACAGUCAGCGCUCCCGCGGUGUCUCGAUCGUUGCUUCCACCAACUGGAUGUUCAACUUUGUCAUUGGUCUUACCACCAAGGACAUGCUUGACACAAUGAAGUACGGCACAUAUAUUUUCUUUGCUAUCUUCAGUGCUAUGGGUGGUUUCUUCAUCUGGAAAUUUGCGCCUGAGACGAAAGACAAGACUCUUGAGGAACUCGAUGUCUUCUUUGGCGGCGACGAGAGUAGCAUUGCUGAGGCUGAUCGCCUGCGCAUGAUGCGCAUCAACGAGAGUCUUGGUCUUCUUGGUGUGGAGAACUUGGAGGAUAUCAAGACCGAGAAACAGGUUGUCACGGACCAUGUCGAGGUUGAAUCUCACACGGCCUAG